AUGACAACCGUCAAUACUAAAUCACCUAGUAAAGCGACCGAUCAGAAGAAAGAAGCAACUUCAGUUGUCAUAGAAACACUUGGGGCCACCACAUCAGAGACGAAGGAAGGUUUAAGAAAGAUAAAUCAUUAUUUAUUACAACAAGAGAUAGGACAUGGUACCUUUGGUACUGUUCAUCUUGGCAUCCAUACUGUGACCAAUAAGAAAUAUGCUAUUAAAGAGUUUAGUAAAUUACGACUUAAGAGAAAAAAACAAUUAGCCAUGUUAAGACAACAUCACAGAGGCAAAGUGUUGGGAGAACAACUUGGUUCGAAUAAUCCAUUAGACCUUGUUCGUUCUGAAGUAGCUAUUUUAAAAAAAUUAAACCAUCGUAAUGUAAUUCAACUAUAUGAGAUCCUAGACGACCCUACUCAUGAUUCUCUCUAUAUGGUGAUGGAAAUGGCGCAUAAAGGUGUAAUUAUGCAUAUUAAUCUAAAUCAAUCUGCUACACCUUAUACUGAAAAAAUCUCUCGAUUUUAUUUUAGACAAAUGAUACUUGGUAUAGAGUAUUUGCACUAUAACGACAUUGUUCAUAGAGACAUUAAACCGGAUAAUCUCUUAUUAGCUGAUAAUAAUGUACUAAAAAUCGUUGAUUUUGGAGUAUCUGAAAUGUUUGUAAAGGGAGAUGAUGCACUUCAAUCUACAGCAGGUAGUCCAGCAUUUAUGCCUCCCGAACUAUGUACAGCCAAAAGGAAUCCUGUCGUAUCAGGUAAAGCCGCGGAUAUUUGGUCAAUGGGUGUUACCCUUUAUUGCUUAGUUCAUGGUCAUGUCCCAUUCGCAAAUGAUAAUAUAUUGGAUUUAUAUAAAAUGAUUGAAUGUGACCCGCAAAACUUGAGUCCAUCUUUGAUAGAUCUUUUACAAAGACUAUUAGAAAAGGAUCCAUCAAAAAGAAUUCUAAUGCAAGAAUUAAGGAAUCAUCCAUGGGUGACUCAUGAUGGACAGGAACCCAUGAUAUCUCAAGAAGAAAAUUGUCAUUCUGUUUUGUCAGAAAUCACAGAUGAAGAUAUUCAAAGUGCUAUUACAAGUGUAAGCCAUAUCUUUACAGUUGUAAGUGUCAUUUGA